UCCUCCCGGAAGUGUCUGGUGUGAUACCCACUGUGUGUGUGCGUGUGUGUGUGUGUGUGUGUGUGUGUGUGUGUGUGUUGGGGGAGUAAUAUCUUUGUAUGGCAGGUCGAUGUCAGACAGCCCCACAGAGACGAUGCAGAUCCUCACUCCUCAUGUUUACUGGGCUCAGCGGCACCGAGACAUCUACCUCCGGGUGGAGCUGAGCGAUGCCAAGAAUCUCGACAUCAGCCUGCAAGACAACAACACACUGCUGUUCAGAGCACAGGGCCACGGAGCUAAAGGAGAUAAUGAAUACAGGUUCAGUUUGGAGUUCCUGGAACCUGUUAGACCCGAGAUCAGCCAUAAGUCCACCCAGCGUCAGGUGGACAUCAAGAUCAAGAAGCAGGAGGAGCGCUGGUGGGGCCGGCUGACCCUGCAGGAGAAGAAGCCUCUGUUUUUGGCUCCUGACUUUGACCGCUGGCUGGACGAGUCCGACGCCGAGAUGGAGCUUCAGGCUAAGGAGGAGAAGAUAAACAGGAUAAGUGUGGAGUCGAGAGUUCGUAAAGACCCCUACCUCGGGCUGAAGAAAGGAUACUUGUUCAUGUACAACCUGGUGCAGUUUCUGGGAUUCUCCUGGAUCUUCGUCAACAUGACUGUCCGACUCUUCAUCCUCGGUCAAGAUUCGUUCUACGAUACCUUCCACACCACGGCCGAUAUGAUGUAUUUCUGCCAGAUGAUGGCCGUGCUGGAGGUCAUUAAUCCCUUGUUGGGUCUGGUUAAGACUGGAUUUUUACCUGCUAUGAUACAGGUGGCUGGCAGGAACGUCAUUCUGUUCGUUAUCUUCGGCAGCCUGGAGGACAUGCAGAACAAACCCGUCGUCUUCUUCGUGUUCUACCUGUGGAGCACCAUCGAGAUCUUCAGGUAUCCCUUCUACAUGCUGGCCUGCAUCAGCACAGAGUGGAAGCUGUUGACGUGGCUCAGAUACAGCCUGUGGAUCCCUCUCUACCCGCUGGGGGUUGUGGCUGAAGCGGUGGCGGUGAUCCAGUCCCUGCCGAUCUUUGAUGAGACGCGUCUGUUCAGCCUCCCCCUCCCUGCCGUGCUCGGACACUCUUUAAGCUUCUCCUUCACUCUGCAGCUCUACCUGGUCCUCAUGUUCUUGGGACUCUUCAUCAAUUUCCGACACCUGUACAAGCAGAGGAGGAGACGGUACCGCUUGAAGAAAAGGAAAGUCCACUAACUGAUCAGCGCCUUUAUCUUGCACACCCCCUGAACUCCCGUCCACUUAAAGAUAAUGCAGCUGUUUUAUUGUCCUUUAAUUGCCUUUUUCUCAUACACACACACACUCACUCUGUCUCUCUCUCUCUCUCUCUCACACACCUGUUGGAGUACUGGUCACCUUAUUCCUCCACUGGGUGAACUUUUAACCUUCUCCAGACCAAAUCCUGUAAAUGCUACUGUACCAGCUCAUCGACUCACUGUUGAACAGACGUCACCUGAACCCUCUGUACAGGUCGACCCAGUGCUUUACUACUGUGAGUUUGAGUUGCUAACCAUGUUUAUUCUCUAAUAAUGUGUCCAUAUUUAUCAUGAUUUCUGUCUGUGUGUGCCGUCACUGUUUAAACGUUUUGUUAUUUCUCAUCAUUUCUGAAAUAUUUUUGCUUAUUUUUCUGUUGAUUUCCGUGUUUGGGGACAUGAGAGAAGUGUUUACUUCAUGAACACAGUAAACGAUUUCUGUGUAGAAACUCACUGCAAUAGAGCCACCAUUUUAUAUAUUUCACAUUAUUUAUUAAAUUAAGGUCCGUGUUGGUUCAGAAAUAAUACCUUCAUCUCAAAACACGUGUUCAUGUUUAUGGUCUUUUAAUCCACUAAUUACAAAUCGCAGAUUUAUCACAAUCGACGUUUAUUAACCGUUAUAUUGUUGUUACGUGUUGAUGCAAUUUAAAGCCAAUACAUUUUUGAUACUCUCUCUGUUGUGGUGUGUUCAAGGAUGCUUCACUGUGUGAGAAUUUAGAAUUUUCUGCGUUAUUUUAGAUACGAGAGACACGAAAAUUCAUGUGUUUGCUUGUUUUCUUCUGGGUUUUAUUGUCUGAAAGAAGAUUUAAUUCUCAAACAUCUGAAUGCACUUAAACACACCAUGAGAGAUCUUAAAUUGUUCCUGCUUUGCAACUGGGAGAAAACACAGCAAUCUCACGUCAGUGUCAAGUCUCUGCAAGUUGAUUUUGAACUUGUAGAUUCUUCAGUCGGUUGUGAUGUAAAAACUUUACACUAGUGGAAGUUUAUAAGCUAAAAUGCCACUUUUUAUGGUUUCUUGAAUCAAUAGAGGAAAUAUUUUAAAUGCCAUUGCAUGAAAACACUGCGGCUCUUAACUGUCGGUUUUAAAUUUAGAGCUGUUUUUUUUUUCUAACACUGAGCCUUGGGUGAAGCCUUCAGAAGAAGCCUCAUUCACUGCUUUGAAUAUUAACAAAGUCAUGCAAAGUACUAUAAAAGGAGAUAUUUAUAACCGCUCUUCUGACACAACACGCAAUCCUACCGACACACACACACGUUUGUGCUUUUACCUCACGACUCUUGUCCCGUGAAACACAUGACACGCCUCAAAACGAUGAGCCGUAAACUGUGAGUGAAAACCUAAUGAAGUUUAUGACCCUGAAUUCUUGUUUUAAAAGACAUGAAACAGAGGACAGGAAAGAUUUCAAGUUGGUUAAUAUCAAACUUCGCAGCCCGUUCUUGUCUCUGAAGAAGGGCAGAGAUGUAUUUUUCUACAUGUUUGACCCGUGAAGUUUCAGUCUGUACGACGUUCAUUGGGGAUAGAUAGACAGACAGAUAUACUUUAUUGAUCCCUGGGUGCACCUUGAGCACUAAACAACCAAAAAGACACAAAAUACAAUAGUUCCCUUAAAUCUUAACAUAAAUCAACAUCCAACAACUAGAAACAUUAAAUCUGUGCUGAUAAUAACAAUAAACAGCCACCGGUCUGUGGUUGUGUAACUGCAAACAGCAGAGUAGGAGAACAUGUGAGGACAGGAAUGGAUAUUUUUAACUUUGUGUAAUGUUUUUAGCUCAUUAAUUCUGUAAUUUUUGUUCAUUUUCUGCUCAUACUGGACAGCUUGAACCUCUAAAGUUCAGUUCUCUUGCUUGUUGCUUUAAAGUGUGUUUGUGUAUAAAACACAAUAAAAACGAAAGGCUAAACUUUGGCGCCUCUGGUGGUUGGGAUUGAAAAAUACAGCUCAUGGAUCCAAACUGUUUUUGGCAGUUUUUAUGGCUUUUAUCACAGUUCUUGAUGUGGAAAGGGCAUGGAAACUAAGUAACUAAGUACAUUUACUCAAGUACUGCAGAAUAUAAAUAUAUAUGUCAAAUAUAUAUAAAUAAAUAGACCCACAUUUACCAGCUGCAAUAUUAAAGUGAUGUACACAGUAAUAUAAUAUACUAUAUAAUAUAAUAUAAUAUAAUAUAAUAUAGAUUGUUUUGGAAAAUUAGUACUUAAACUUUGGUACUUUAAGUAUAUUGUGAUGCUAAUCCUUUUGUACUUUUACUCAAGUAAAAUUUAAAAUACACAAAACAGUAUUUCUGCAGUAUAAUAUCUGAGUACUUCUUCCACCACUGGUCCCUUAAUGAACUUUAAACACAUUUUCAGUUAUAAAACAUCCUGUUCAGUAAAUAUCUUAGACACAAUUCUUUUUAUUGAACCAAAUUUGAGGGAUACUUAUCAAAAAUUAUUGCUUAUGUUACAUAUUUAUGUUUCUUACUCUCAAUUAUCGAUAUAAGCAUCAAAUAUUCAGUAUUGUUUGUGCUUUAAUUUGUUUAAACUUACUGCAGCUUUAAACCUAAAUGUUUUAUUUGUCUAAUAUUUUUGACUCUGACCAUUUCUGUUUUUAAUUUGUAACUUUUCUGAACUUUUAUGAGUUUUAUGAAUACUUGAUGUGAUGGUUUUGUGUAAUUUGGAGCCGCGAUGUCUCCAGAGAACAUUCACAAUCUCGUGUCCACAGUUCUGACACAGUGAAAUAAAGGAAGUCAUUUCUUUAAAGAUUCAUCAGUGGAAUAAAAGGAAAUGUCCCGAUGA